AUGUCUACAAAUAUUGUAAAUACCUCAAUCGAAAAAUUAAUUCAACAUAUAACCCAUACACAGCCAGGAUCCGAAAAUUAUAAAAAAUUUGUAAAAAAUGUACAUUCGACGUUUAGAUUUGGAAAGUUUGGUAGUACUGGUCAAAAAGUAGUAUUACGAAAGUAUCAAGGACUUUCCGAAAAAUUUCGUUUACACACACAAGAUAGUAAAGCAGAAUAUUUAGAUAGAUGGGUUACAUUAUUUAUGCAAAAGCCGAGGUUUGAGGGAUCAAUUCCUUCACAUACUCGUUAUGAUAUUCUUGUCUUAAUUUUAAACCUAUCCGAAUCACCUCUUAAAACCACCUACAUUCCUUCAACAAUAUUUACCCAAGAAAAACCAAAAUCCCCACAAUUUAAAUCUGAUUCGGAGACGAAGCAUAACAUCGAACAAUUUAGAGUAAAAGAAAUUGUAGAUAAAGAAACGAAUCAUAAAUUAAUACAAGAAUUACAAUCUAAACAAUAUUGGAGACAAGGUUAUAGUAAUUAUUCAUAUUUGAACGCUACGGAAUUUGACAAAAAUGAUUCAUGUACUUUAGGUCCUUCACUGGCCAAACAUCAUAGUCAAGAUGAAAGAUAUUUGUUUUAUGAUCCUACCUUAGCAAAAUAUAUUACGGAACUUGAUUCCAUUCGUGAAGUUAAACUAAAUGCAUUAUUGAUGCAUUUAACGGAAGGAGCAUUUAAAUCUAUUCUAGAAUUUUUCUGCGAGUAUGGAAAUUAUGUUACAAUAUUGAGAACAUUUUCGACGAGGGUAUGCAAAGAAUCUUGCUUAAUUUAUGGACAAACGACUCAAGCCUUUGCUAUGUCAAUUCUAAAAAUGAUUUGGAAAUUUGAUAAUUUAUUAGCAAAUUUGGAAUUUACAUAUCACGUAAACAAUUUAAAAUCUCAAGACAUUUCUAUUCAAAAUCAACAACAGCAUUCUUCUUCUUCAUCAAAGUCUCCAGCUUAUGAAAUAACAUAUAAAAUAUUAACCGGUUUAUUUAAUGAAUUAGUUCGUCAUCAAAUGGGAGGAAGUAAAUCUAUAUUUUUAAUGUUGGGAGAACAUUUCGACAAUUCUUUGGUACCUUUUACUCGUAUUAUUGAUGAAUGGAUUAGUUCAGGAGUCAUAAAUGAUCCUGCGGAUGAAUUUUUUAUUGUAAAAAAUCCAGAUAUUAAUAUAUUGUCUUCGGAAUAUUGGUCAGAGAUGUAUAAAAUUAGAGAAACAAAGUUGAUGACCAAUAAUUUGGAAUCAAAAAGAAUUAUAUUGCCAGAUUUUUUGGAAAAUUUCGCAAGUAGAAUUUUAUUUGCCGGAAAAGCCCAGGAAUUUAAUUUGGGUGUAGAUUCAUUGUCUUUGUUUGAUUUUCCUUUAAACAAUAAGACAUAUGAUAAGGAUAUGAUUAUUGAAGAAUCAUUCAAUAAUGAAUCUCAUCUAGAAGAUGAGGAAGACUUAUUAAGUCAAUUUUCUGAUAAGAAUAGACAAGGAGAAGUGGCGGUUUUCGAAACUCAACCUAGAAAAGAGCACGAUGAUGAUGAAAUGGAAGAUGAAGACGAAUAUGAGAUGGAAGAUGAAGAUGAUGAGAUGGACGAAGAUGAUGAUAAGAUGAAAGAAAUCCAAUUUGAACGUGAUGAUGAAUUUGAACAUGGAGAAGAAUUUGAAAAAGAGAAGGAAAUCCAAUUUGAACGUAAUGAUGAAUUUGAACAUGAAGAAGAAUUUGAAAAAGAUAAGGAAAACAUAAUAAAUAACGAUAAUGAUGAUAAAGAAGAUAUAAUUAAUAAUAAGAAUAAAGAUGAAGGUCAACAAGUCAACUUCAACAAUUGUUAUAAUGAUGAUAGCAAGUUACCAGAGUUACUAAAGAUAGAAAAUCUUUUCGAUUUAAAUGAAAUAAUUAAUGACUUUCCCAAGACAACAUCCUUUUUAUUUCCUUUAUUGAAUCUACCGCUGACAACAAAUGAAACGAAUGAGAAAAAUAAAGAUGAAGAAGAAAAGAAGGAUACUUCAGAAAAAGGAAUAGAUGAGAGAAUGAAUAAUUUCUUAAUAUUUCAACCUUUUAAUGAAAGAUUUCGAGAGAGAUAUGAUGAAUAUCUUCAACCGAGAUAUGUACGUAUAGGUCAACAACUUCAUGACGCUUUAGUAGACCAAUGUCAAUUUUGGAGACAUAUUGGCGCAUUAUCAGGAUUUUAUUUUAUGCAACAAGGAGAAUCGAUGCAUCGGUUAUGUGAUACUCUAUUUGAAAAAAUAGAUAAAGGUCAAAUGUGGUACGAUACCUAUAUUCUUAAUGAACUCAUUUUAGACAUAUUGAGAAACUUUAAAUGGUUGGAUAGAAAUUCUAUCACUUUUUGGGUGGAUGAUAAAUCUGGUUCGAUGCUUGAUAUUACCACCGUUAGAAUAUUUGAAAAAAUUUAUAGCAAGUAUCAUUUUCCGUGGCCUCUUAAUAAUAUUUUAAGUAGUGAUGCAUUGCAACUAUACGGGCGUAUAUUUGUAUUCUUGCUACAAAUAAAAAGAGCCAAAUAUCUUUUAGAACGUUUAUCAUUUUCACGCACGGUGAAUCAAAAUGAAGCUACGAUAUUAUUUUAUGGUGUAAGAAUGAAAUUAAUAUGGUUUUUAAAUACAAUAUGGGAUUAUACUAUGAGAAAUAUAUUACUUGCAGAAACAGAAAAUUUUCGUAGGAAAUUGCAGGAUGUUUUUGAUAUAGAUGAAAUGAUUGCUUUACAUGAUCAUUAUAUUCAAAUAGCAUUUGAACGAUGUAUUCUUGGAAAAAAGACCAGUCCAAUUCAUAAAUCAAUAUUAGAUGUACUCGAUUUGGCAAUUCGAUUUAGUACUUUUUCUUCUUCGGAUUCAGAUUCAGAUUCAUUUAUGAAUAAUGAAGAAGAAAUGAAUGAUCCAUGGAAUCGAUUAGGUGUUGAUGGUUUACCAUUAAUACCUACACGAGUGGAUUAUCAAGAUUUUCUGGAAGGUUUAAGUAGAAUUGAUAAAGAAUUUAAUAGACAUAAAGAUUUUAUUAGUAAUGCUGUACAAGGGAUUGCUAGAGUCGGUGGAUUUUGGUGGUUUGAUGCUUUGGCAUAUGCUUUGGGUUAA